AUGUAUCACUCUCCGGCACCUGCUGAAAGGUCGGAAGAUGACUCCCAGAAGCAUAGGAAGCGUAUAUCGAGGGCCUGCGAUUCAUGCUACAAAAGAAAGAUCAAAUGUGAUGCAGCUGUGCCUCAGUGUAAUUGGUGCAGUCAUCAUGACAUUCCAUGUACCUUUAACCGGGUCAUUACUCGGAAGCGGAAAGCCAAGAGUGAUGCAAAAGGAGAGAAAGAAACGCCCGGGCUGGCCGAGCGUAUUGAGCGCAUAGAAAAGUUCCUUACGGAGAACCUUCUCAAGGAGCCUACUCCUUCUGCAACACCACCUAGUAUCGAUUUUCAUGAGUCUCCUAUAGGGUCGCGUUCUUCUGAAUACACCCACGACUUUUCGAGAGAAUCUUCGACUUUCAAUGAGAAGUCGGGUUCUUCUUCGGUACCUCUACAUUUCGCAGGUCGCGAGUUGGGAUGCAUCAACCUGUUCACAGGCAUUCCGUUACUGCUCCCAGAGGGCAAACAAUGGGUUCAAUCACGGACUGGACAGAAUAUUGCGCUCAGCAAGUUAGUCAGUUCCAACAAGCCGCCGUGGGAAAGACAACGGGCAUUAACAUCCAAUGCGCUGGCGAUGAAUCCCCAUCCCGAAAGCGCAUUCGAGCUGCCUGAUCGAAACGUUAUAGACACUUACUUCAGGCUGUUUUGUAUGUCCUUCGUAAGGCGUAUAUUUCCAGUUGUGGAUCCUGUCCUUUUCAAGGAGACUAUUGAGAAUGCUUAUCAGCAACCACGAACCAGGCUUCCGUAUGGAAAAGUGAGCACCAAGGCAUGUGUGCUUGCCUUUGCUGCCUUUACCUCUCUAGUACCACCUCUUGAAUUCGAGCAUGAGUUCCGAAAGCUUGCCCCUCUUAACAGUGAGACCUACUUCACGAGAGCACAAUGCUUAGUGCCUCAGGUUUUGCAAGAGUCUGCUUCGGUGGAGGGGCUACAGGUGAUAUCAAUGAUGGCACUCUUCGAGCUUGUAACCGGCAACUUACAGUCAGCCAGCUACUACGGUUCAAUUGCAGCACGCAUGGUUUUCAUAUUGGGUGGACACACUACUAGUUCAAUGCCAGAAGAUCCGGAGACGCCGCAAAACGAGAUCGCCAUGAGGUCACAGAGACAAAUCCGAUAUCUCUUCUGGCUUGGUUACACCAUUGAAAAAGAUGUGUCCCUUCGGACUGGACAGCCCCAGCUAUUUACGGAAGAUAACUGUGACUUAACAAUACCCGCCAGUUACAGUGAGAAUCUGUUCAAAUUUCCGCUCGACUGCCGGCAAAUACCUCCAGAAGACAUGCCCGAAGAUCCAGUCUUCCCAGUGGACAUCCGCCUGAGUAUAAUCAAGGCUCGAGCCUACAACGCCCUGUACUCCUUCAAAGGUCUGAAGAAAACGGACGCCGAGAUCCUGAAGGAAAUCCGCGAACUGGACGACGAGCUCGAAAAAUGGAGACUGUCGAUACCUCUAGCAUGGCGACCUACAUUAUCCUUUGUUAAAGAAACCCCCGACCCAAACGCCAACAUGCAUUCCGUCAUACUGCGACUAAACUACCAUCUUUGCAUGACAAUCAUCCACCAAGCCAGUGGCCGAUGCAGGGACUGGUCUAAGGAAGAAGGUGGAAUCAUGCACGGCGUCAACUCCAGCUUAGCUCUGUCCGUUGAAGCCAGUCGUUCAACACUACUCUACCUGCAAGCAUCAGAACAUGUUCUGAUUGAUGGUAUAUUCUGGACCCUCAUCUUCUACCCCAUGUCCGCCCUGCUAGCCAUCUUUUGCAACAUCCUCCAAAACCCCUCCGACCCCCAGGCCACCAAAGAUCUCGGCCUACUCAAAACAGCGAUGAGUAUGUUGGAAAGGAUAUUCCUGCGCCAACCGUCCUCGGUCAAUGAAAUCGUGCAUAUCAAGAUGAUUGCGGAUUUUGUGGCUGAGUUGUAUAGACUGGCUAGUUGUGCGAUUGAGAAAGCGUGGCAUGAGCGUUCUGGUUAA